UCAAAAGCGUGACUUUGCGUUUUUCAACACUACAACUGUUGAGCGUGUUUAUGGUGCCGGUGCCGCCAAUAUUUUACAGUUUUUUUGUAAUAAUUUUGGAGAGUUUUCAGUAUGCCCACAAACAAACUGCGAGCCAACAUGAGCUAUCGUGAGGUGAUCCCAAAAAACCUCAGUCCACCAGAAUGGAUAGAUGUGAAAAUCAAUACGGGCACACAAAGCACGCUGCAGGAUCUUAAAACAUUUGAAUCAUCUGGUGGUUAUUGCUACAAGAGCAGAGGAAAUGCUCAAAAUAGAAACCGGUUCAUUUAUUGGCGCACCCAUCAAGAUGUUUUGGAACUCGUGGAAAUUAGCUUGGACAUCUCACUACAAAAGAACCAUCUACGGCUGCGCUUCACCGACUCUGCCGUUUUGAAUGUUUUCCUUAAGGAAGACACAAGCACGUUGAACUUGCUUGUGGUCACCGUCAGCAGUGUUCACCGCUACGCUUUCCCUCUGAAAACCGCUGGUCUUGGAGGAUUAUCUGAGGAUCAAACAUCACAGUCCAUUUUUUAUGAUGUCAGCGAAAAGAUAAACGAUCCGAGCAGUUUUUAUGUAACGGAUGGCUUUGGAAACCUGCCCAGUGUGGCGGUUUCGUAUCUAUCGCAAGAUUCUCAGACUGCCUAUUUUGCGGUGGCUUACCAGGAAAAACUCCUCCUGCACGUGAUGAAUUGUGCCACUGGCCAAACAAUUACUAAUGAAAUUAAGGAACCGCAUUUGAUGCCAAGAUUUCUUUCUAACCUUAAGGGUGCUUUGAUCGGCCGCUCUGAAGCCCUAGAAGCAGCUAUUUCGAUGGCUUUCAGCGAGAUCGAGGGACAAUUUUUUCUCCUUGUCCUGUACCGAAACAAUGAAAUGCGACUAUGGUCAUUAGACACCAUACAGACAUUGGCAAGCAUUAAUUGUUCAUCAGGAUCUACCCAUGGUGGCUCAGCCACUCAAGGACCUCAGAGCAAUCAGUUACGUAAAAUCAAUGAUCAGGACUUUUGUUUGUUUCUCUCCCACGAUAUUGGAUCCGAGUUCAUCUGCGUCAGUAUUAUGCCUGAUGCGGAAGAUGUCAGAGGUCUAAAACUCGUUGUGCAGCAUUCGCUGUCUGCUCCGCAAAUGGACCUGGCUGAUUUCGAUGCUACGUCCUCGCACAUAUGGGCUCUUUGGAGCAACGCUGAAGGCGACUAUCAUGUUUCAGCUAUUUAUUUGGGCUCAAACGAUGCUAUCAAGUGGGUUUCAGCCGCCCUGGAGCCACCGCCAGAUCGCUACUCCUUAAAUUUAGAACGGGGCAUUGAUCCGCGCCAGGCAUACUGUUCCUAUAUUUUCCAUCCAGGUCGAUUCGAUCGGAAUAUUAUCGCCAAGGCUCUAUAUAUGUUCCGACGCGUCAAUAUGCAGUUCGACGUGAAGCAGUUGUCCAUGUCGAUGCUUAAGGAUCAGGUUUGCCAGGCUGUCGAGGACGAAAUCCAAAACGAACUAAAAGACUAUGUUGUCAGCGACGACGAGUAUCUCGAGAUAGCAACCCGGUUGUGGGACAAGUUCUAUUCGUGCUGCGAGCAAUACUAUAUGAAAUUUUCUGAGCCCACAGGGCUUGCAGUUAUGGAAGGUAUGGAUGCAGUCUGCUUGGUCCGUAGGCAAUCUUUCUCCCUUCUACGUCCAUGUGAGGUUCUCGAACAUCUUCUGCUUAUCGGCGAGCACAACGAAGAAGUAGCCACCUAUGUAGCCCCUUUGUUUAGAAACAACCCCGCGACAGCCAAGGGAUUUGUCGAUCUUAUGAACGUUAUUACACUGCUGGAUAAGCUAAUCUCAGAGGAUAUAAAAAUGGAACUGGAUAACCAGCUGUAUCAGAGGGCAUCGCCGCUCGAAGUGAUUUCCAAACUGGUGACCAGAAUUACAGUGGGCGACGAUAAUGGUCCAAUGUUGCCAUCGAAUUGUGUGAAACAAAUGAAUCAGAAACUGCAGGAAAUACCAAACCUUAAGCCAGCUGUUGACGUUCUGCUGGAUGUUCUCUGCAUGAUUGAUCCCGAUGCCCCACGGAAUGAUUAUUCUGGUUGCACACGCUUUCUCCAGCCAACUGGAGCUUUAUUUGGCAGCGAAUAUGGAUUAUCUAUUUUAGCCGAAACCGUGAGACAAAUGGCAAUGAUACGAUUUUCCGUUUGCCGAAACCUCCUGGUAUUGCAGUUUAUGGUAUAUGGUGGGGAUGGAUUGGAUAGCGAAAGCAUGCAAACAAAUAUUAACUACUUGAACUCUUACUACACUCUAAUGUGGAUUUCUGAGACAGCCAUUCCUUCAAAUACCCCAGCUGGAUUUGAGGCUUCCAUCCAGCGCUUGAGCCGGGCGCAGCUAUUUAACGGAUACACCAGGCCUUACGCCAGUCACUUGAGAACCCAUGGUCAUGACCAAACUACUUUGCUGAGCCUUUUCCUUCAGUCCAAGGGACUUUUCUGUGCUCUGACCGUAUUAUUAAAAAAUUCCGGAAUGCAAAUGGAAACAGAGCAAUUAAAUCUUCGUGAGUCGCUGUUGCAGCUUGUGGGAUUCAUCAACAAAAUUCUUUGGCCGGAGUCUCCGGAAUACAUUUUUCUCGAAUGGUUAUUUGGUACUUGCCACCACAUUAUUGUCCAGGAUUAUGUACGCAUUUUGUCCAACUGGUGUAAAGAAAAUACUCAUUCUAGACGUUUUAUGCUCGCGGUUUCUUUACUGGAUUGCGGAGAGGCACAUAAAGCCGUUGAUCUUUUUCAGCAUACGGCAGAAGGAAUUUUAAUGGAAGAUUUUCUAUUUGAGCACGUCCUAAAAAACACGCCGAUAUAUUCUAAUCUGCAAGAGAUUAUUAGCCACAAGAAAAUCUCGUUGGAAAAUGUGAAACUCGCCAAGGUUCACUACUAUUUAAAAGUUAUUCAGCUGUUUGAACAACAUUCCGCCCUUGACUACAUCAUCCAAAUAGCGCACUUGGCCAUGAAUGUUCUGCGCCGAGAUGAUCCGCAGUUGCCUAUGUUUCAAUCGAUUGUUUUCAACAAUCAUCUACAAUUGGGCCAUUACGAGGAAGCCUACCAUGCCCUCGUUUACAAUGCUGACAUUUCGCGACGGAAGGACUGUUUGCGCCAACUGGUCAUUACAUUGUUUCAGAGCAAAAGUCUGCAUCUGCUUAUGCAGUUUCCUUAUACAGGUCUCCAAGACGAGUUUGAAAGCAUUGUAGAAUCCAGAGCUAGAUCUAUUAGCAUUGAUCAAAACGAAGUCUAUAACUUUUUGUAUGCAUUUCACACCAAUAAAGGAAAUAUGAGAAAAGCCGCAACGGUGAUGUUCGAGCAGGCCAUGAGGCUUCAAGUCGACAGCGAUGCCCCUAAUGCAUUGGAAAAACGAUGUUCUUCGCUGCUUAUUGCUAUAAACUGUUUGCAUUUGGUAGAUCAUCGAUACAGAUGGAUUGCUAAACCUACAAUCGGCGAUGAACAAGUGGCUCCGAUGAAUGAGGAUCAAGACAACCAGGAUGAUGUUCCUAAAGGUCAAGAAGUAGUGGUGCUGGAGCUAGAGGACAUUCGACGCGAACUGGUACAUGCGGAAGCUCUUUUGGAACUUUCUCACCAUCGAAAGGGCGUUGCUUCAUUGGAAAGGAUCACUCCGGAGGAACUGUCUCGCCUGUUGGUUAGCACCGGCCUCUACACCAGUGCCCUAAAACUUCACCGCGGCCAUACGUUCUCAGUGUUGCCGAUCUUCGAGGGACUUGCCACAGCCUGUGUUACUGCCACCGAGGAGAAGGAUGUGGAUGCUUGGGGAUGGCUGCAGAACAAUGAUUUGGCGGAUCUUCCCCAUCGUAAUAACGCUGCCGAUAUGGCCUGGACCUUGUUACAAAAGCUUUUAGUAAACCACGAAUCAAAAGAAUCUACCCUGAUAAAAAAGGGUGUGGUGAACAGGCUGCUUACGCUAAACUCCUUUAUACCACAGUGGUUGAUUGAUUUAUACAAGUUAGCCAACUCUCGGGAGCUCCUCCAUUUAUUUGUUAAGCACAAUCGCCUCCUGGAAGCAGCCGAUCUGGCCUGUGAGAUGAUAGGCGCAAUGUUAGGAGCUGGCUGCGAGUAUUUUGAGUUUAAACAAUCAGUGGCUGUCACCAACCCCCAGCUCUCCUUCCCAACCAACACAAUUGAUCUUCUUUUACAUGGACUUAAAAUUAAUAUCAACGAAGACAUCGAAUACGAAAUGGCCUACACCAAACUUGAAGAGGAAGUACAAAGAUACAUAGAAAUCGUAAAGCGCACAACCGAAGACAAAAUGAGUUUAGCUAUCCUGCAUAACCGAGAGGAACUACGACAACAGGCGCAGUUUUAAGAAAUAGGCUUUCAUUCAAUUAAGUUUUAUUAAUA